AUGUGGCCCGAUGUCUUCAAUCAUGAUGAUCCCACGAGUCUCAGCAAGUUGGAAUUGAUUGAAGUCUUCGAUAGGAAGGAAGAAGUAAGGAAGUUAAAAUCAAAAUCUAGUACCUCUCCCGGAUUGUACGGAUUAACAUACGGUGAUCUUAGAAAGGCGAACCCAGGAGCCUUUAUAUUAACAGCACUAUUCAAUGCAGUGGGACGGCUCGAAGUAGUACCUGGUUGCUGGAAGGACUCCAACAGGAUAGGACUACUACACAAGAAAGGACCGAAGAGUGACAUUGCAGACAGAGUCAAUACCUGGGCAGUCGCCAAUAGAAGAUAUAGCACUUCACAAAAGGGACUACUUCCGUACGAGGGAUGCUAUGAGCACAACUUUGUGCUUAAGAAGACCAUCCAGCAAGCCAAGCGCGAUAAAGGAGAGGUCGUUGUCCCCUGGCUGGAAUUGGCCAGCGCAUUUAACUCUGUCCCGCACUCGUCUAUUCAUAGGGCUCUUGAACAUCACGGGAUGCCAGCGAUUAUAAGAGACUUAAUUGAUUCGCUGUACAAAGACACGAGAACUAAAGUUCGUACCUCGGAGUGA